GUUUUACGUUCUCCGGGCCCCGCCGUGGGCCUGACGCUGUGGACCAUAGACCCCCUCAGGAGGACCCGUUUAUCCCGAGCAGCGGAGCAUCGUCGGGUCUCCACCUUCUUCUGCCAGGGGGAGCAAACAGAAAAAAAGAGCUGGAACAUCCUGAUGCCUCCACCAGAUCACCAUGCAGUGUUCCUGGAAGUCAUUGGUGCUGCUAGCUUUAGCCUCCAUAGCCAUCCAGUACACAGCCAUCCGUACCUUCUCUACAAAGCCUCUUAGCCUGCUGUGCUCUGUGGGCUUGGUGCCCGCAAGCUGCACAACCAAUUGUAGCUUCAGCGAUGUGAUACAGAAGGGUCAGGAGACACUCCAGAGUUGUGGUGAUGUUCUCCCCCACACUUCUUCCAUCCCUGUUCCACCUGCCUUUCAUAAUGGUAGUAAGAGAACCAACAUCCUCAUUCUAGCCACCACACGGAGUGGCUCCUCGUUUGUUGGCCAACUGUUCAACCAGCAUCCAGAGGUAUUCUAUCUGUUUGAGCCUUUGUACCACGUCCAGUCAGCACUGUUGCCUCGACUGGGAACAAGUCGAAACUCGGCAGAGCGGAGAGUGAUGCUGGGACCGGCCAGAGACUUACUGAGGUCCCUAUACCAGUGUCAUCUCAGCAGCCUUGAAAGUUACAUCCAACCCCAUCCUACUGAGCAUCUGACAGACAAGCUGUUCAGAAGAGGAGCUAGCCAAUCUCUUUGUUCUGCCCCCGUAUGUGAGGCUUCCCUCAACCCUACGGAGCAAAAACUUGUGUUGGUUGAUGAGGGGGAGUGUGUGAAGAAGUGUGGUCCACUUAAUAUAUCACUUGCAGCCAGUGCCUGCAGAGCAAAGCAUCAUGCAGCCAUCAAGACUGUCCGGAUUCCUCAAAUCAGUGACCUCCGAGCACUGAUUGAAGAUCCAAAGCUCAACCUAAAGGUGGUCCAGCUGGUUCGAGAUCCGCGGGGCAUCUUGGCGUCUCGUAUUGAAACAUUUAGAGACACUUAUCGGUUGUGGCGUCUAUGGAGAGCGACCGGACGUCGACCCCAUAACUUAGAUCUGAGACAGAUCAACACAGUGUGUGAGGACUUCCUUCAGUCUGUGUCUACAGGACUUGCCAGACCUCGGUGGCUCAAAGGAAGGUACAUGCUUCUAAGGUAUGAAGACUUGGCCAGGUUUCCCCUCCAGAAAACCAGAGAGUUGUUUACCUUUCUUGGCUUGGUUCUGGACUCCAGUGUGGUGGACUGGAUCAUCAACAACACUCGAGGCAGCAACGAUCUGUCAACGCGGCAGAAAUUCACCACAGUUCGGGACUCUGCAGCAAAUGCAGAGAACUGGAGGGUGAAGCUCUCCUUCGACUUGGUGGUUUACACCCAAACCGCCUGCAAACCACUUCUGGGGCUUCUUGGAUACAAGACCGUCUUCCACCCCAGAGAACUGAUUAAUCUCUCCCAUUCUUUAGUGGAGGACAGGACGUUCCUCCCCUUUUUGUAAACCAAUGACAAGCAUGAUCCGUCAUGACUGGACUGUAGUUUCUGGAGGAGAUGAAAUGUAAUCAAAGCUGCACUCUGGACUUUAUCACUCUGUCUUUGGAGGAAAAGGAACUGCGUCCCACAAUCUCUUCAAACGACAUAGUAUCCAGUCGGUUAUUCUUUGAACCUGGGCAGGACCGGGAAUGUUAAAUCAUGUGUUUCUUUAGCAAUCAACUACCUCUGUGCUCAGCUUUUCAUUCUUACAUUUAAGACACAUUAGGCCACAAAUGUCAUGGUUGUCUAUUUUAAACAAAUUAGUGACUUUUUGAGCUUCAGGACCUUCUGACAUAGCUAUAAUUUAAAGUGUUUAACUUUGUUGUUUGAUUUUUGUGUUUGAUUUAUUAAAACUUGGGGGGAAAAAAUGGAAAAACA